AUGCCUUCCACACUCCCCAUACAUCCACUUACCCACACACCUUUACCCACACCCGCUUACCCAUACACCUUUACCCACACCUGCUUACCCAUAAUACCUUUACCCACACCCGCUUACCCAUACACCUUUACCCACACCCGCUUACCCAUAAUACCUUUACCCACACCCGCUUACCCACACACCUUUACCCACACCCGCUUACCCAUACACCUUUACCCACACCCACUUACCCAUACACCUUUACCCACACCCGCUUACCCAUACACCUUUACCCACACCCGCUUACCCACACACCUUUACCCACACCCGCUUACCCAUACACCUUUACCCACACCCGCUUACCCAUACACCUUUACCCACACCCGCUUACCCAUACACCUUUACCCACACCCGCUUACCCAUACACCUUUACCCACACCCGCUUACCCAUACACCUUUACCCACACCCGCUUACCCAUACACCUUUACCCAUACCCACUACCAGACUACAAGAGUGCCAGAGGGCCAGGGUGCCAGAGGGCCAUGUUGACACGACCAGGACCUGUAGCCGAGCCCAUUCCCAGCCUGAGAGUGCCCAGAGGUGGUGACAUCAUCAUAAGGGCGGAUGAUGAUGGUGACGUUUCCAUGGUGAUAGAUUUGGUGGUGCGUUCGAAAUCGCCAUCCUCAGUUAGAGUAGGAGGUUCCUGGCUGAUGAGUUGGUCCGGCACAGGUAAUGUAACACCACUUGCAUCCAAGAUCUGA